AUGGCUGUUGGAUGGAAAAAGUUCACUGGAAAAUCUCAAUAUCCCGAAUUGACUGCAAAUGAUCAAGGAUCUGCUUUCACUUAUGGAUCGAAAAGAGAUCGCGGUUUUCGAAUGGGAUGGGUAAGUUAAACAUUUUUUCUGAAAAAUUGUAUUUCGAAAUUUGAAAAAAAAAUGUAUUUUUUCUGAAAAAAAACACGUAAUGUUUAAUUUUUCAUUUCUUAAAAAACAAUUUAUUUUCAUAAAUUCAGUUCAUUUCUAGAAAAAUCAUACCAUCCCAGGUAUUUUGCAAAAAGAUAAAUAGAACACUUCGAAGUCUCAAGUGGCUACGUGAUGAUCAAUAUAUUAUCCUUCAUGUCUACGAAAUGUUUUUUUUUCAAAAACACCUAGAAAGAUAUUUUCCAGAUUCAAGGAAAAAAAAAACGAAACACUGAUGAAGAAAUUGAGAUAAUUAAUUGGAUAAAUCAUAUUACAUCUGAAAAAGUUUCAACAUCUGAUCCAUUGGAAUCUCUUCAUGAUGGAAAAAUUCUUUGCAAGUAAGUGUGACUCCAUAUUUAUAUAAUUUAAUUUUUAAAUUUAAUUUUUAAAUUUUAAAAACAUUUUUACAAUUUGUUAGACUUCUACUUCGCAUAAACCCAAAUAGUCUUCUCAAACCAGUCAAUCAAAAACCACCACUGUUUUCGGCUUCGGAAAAUGUCAAAAAUUUCAUAGACAGUUUAUUGAAUGCUGGUUUUAUGUAAGUCUAUUCACAGAACACGAUCCAUUUAUAAUUAUUGAUUUAUUUUCAGAGAAGUAGAGUUGUUCGAAGUGACAGAUUUGGUAGAAAAACGAGAUUUUAGUCGAGUUUGCAAAACUUUACAAUUUCUUCGAGAAAGAGCCGAAGAUAUUCAAAAAUUUUAA